AUGGAGUCUUCUACAUGUAAUAUCGACAAAGGUAGUGAUCGUGCAGAGCUACUAAAAAUGGCAAAGUUGAUAAUUUGGGAUGAAGCUCCAAUGGCACACAGAUUUUGUUUUGAAGCGUUUGAUAAAACCCUUAAAGACAUAAUGGGGCGUUCCAAUUGUUCUCACAAAUUAUUCGGAGGGAAACUUACAAAGAACAUGCGACUCCAACAAGCCGACAAUACUUCAAGUACAUCUGAAUUAGAAUUGUUUUCUAAUUGGAUAUUAAAAGUUGGCGAUGGGAAAUUGGAAGAACCUAACGAUGGUUACACGGAUAUUCCUAUUCCAAAUGAUUUCUUAAUUUCUAACUAUGAUGAUCCACUAGAAGCCAUUGUUAGUGAAACAUAUCCGAAUUUUCUUAACAAUUACAAGAAUCCAGAAUUUUUGCAAUCAAGAGCUAUAUUGGCAGGAACAAUUGAAACAGUUGACAUCAUAAAUCAAUACGUUUUGGGAUUCAUACCAGGUGAAGAAAAGGAAUAUUUAAGUUCAGAUUCUGUAGACACUUUUGACGGUGAAGGAAAUGAAGCUUUUGAUGUUUUGACCCCAGAAUUUUUGAAUACACUUACAACUUCCGGUCUACCUAACCACAAGAUUAAAUUGAAGAUUGGGAUCCCUAUUAUGUUGCUUCGAAACAUUGAUCAACCUGAAGGUCUCUACAAUGGAACAAGGCUUAUAGUUACAAGAUUGGCAAACCACGUUAUCGAGGCAAAGAUUAUAUCUGGAAAGAAUAUUGAAGGGGUUAUCUAUAUUCCAAGAAUGGAUAUGACUCCAACACAAUCUCCGUGGCCAUUCAAAAUGACUAGAAGGCAAUUUCCCAUAACUAUAUGUUAUGCUAUGACAAUUAACAAAUCUCAAGGUCAGUCAUUGGAUUAUGUUGGAUUGUCUUUGCCUAGAAGUGUAUUUAGUCAUGGUCAACUAUAUGUUGCAAUAUCAAGGGUCAAAAGCAAAAAAGGGCUUAAGAUAUUAAUCCAUGACAAGGAUAACCAUCUAUUGAAUUCUACAACAAACGUCGUGUUCAAAGAAGUUUUUGAAAACUUAUAG